AUGCGUUUCCUCGAUCUACGGCCGCCGACAUCCCUACGGUUGGCCAUGGCCUCCGCCGGCGAGUCCUGGGACCAGUACUCGUCGACAGCACCGUCGCCGUUCGUCAUCUUCAAGAAGCAACAGCCCCACAACUCCCACCCGGCGCUCGGCCACCUCAUUCUCCUAAUAUUUGGCGCUGUGCUCGAGGUUGUCUGUGUGAGCUUGCCGGGCUAUAUCAUUGCCCGGCUCGGACACUUCGAUGCCGACAAGCAAAAGUUUCUUGCGAACCUCAAUGUUAUGCUCUUUACGCCCUGUCUGAUCUUCACAAAGCUCGCGUCCCAAUUGAACGCGGACAAACUGGUCGAGCUCGGCGUCAUACCCAUCAUCUUUGUCAUCCAGACACUCGUCUCGUAUCUCGUUGCCACGGUCGUCUCAAAAUGCUUUGGCUUCAACAAGCGCGCAUCAAACUUCGUCACGGCCAUGGGGGUGUUUGGCAACUCUAAUUCGCUCCCCAUCUCUCUCGUCAUUUCCUUGUCGCAAACACUGAAGGGGUUACACUGGGACAAGAUUAAGGGCGACAAUGACGACGAAGUCGCGGCCCGCGGAAUUCUCUACUUGAUGAUUUUCCAGCAGCUCGGACAGCUGGUCCGUUGGAGCUGGGGAUAUCACAUCCUCCUCGCGCCAAAGGACAAGUACGAAGAAUACAAUAACGACUCGGCCGAAGAGGGUCGCUUCCGUGGAGAGGCGCACGACGACGGGGAGGCGGACCGACUCCUUGAGGGCGAAAAUCGCGCCCACAGCGGCGUCGGCGAGGAAUUUGGCACUCAUCGCUCUGGCAGCCCAGCCCAGGUAGAGGAUUCGGAGGGUUACGAGCCGGCCGGCCAGACCCCUGUAGGCGGAUCGUCAAGAGCGUCACCAAACGACUCGGAGGACGACGAACACGAUACCCUCCGCAAGAGAAACGCCAAGUCGCACACGACGAUUGUUAUUGACGGAAAUGUCGAUGGCAGCAUUUACCAGGGCGACGAGCUUAAUCAGAUCCUUUCUUUCCCACGCAUUCGGAACACCGACGAGCCCGAGAUUCCCUCGGGAAUUAUAGGGGCCCCAAAGCGAGUCGGGCGGUUUUUGACGAAGUUCAAGGUCAACACAUCGAGGCGCUUGAGCUCGGCCAGUCAGCGCGCGUUCAAUACCCUUCCGCGACCCCUCCAAUCUCUCCUCGUUGGGCUCCAUGUCGUUUGGGCGCGUGUAUGUUCCUUCCUUUGGGAAUUUAUGAAUCCACCCCUGUGGGCCAUGCUUGUCGCCGUUUUGGUCGCCUCGGUUCCUGAAUUGCAGAAGCUUUUCUUCGAGGACGAGUCUUUUAUCAAGACUAGCGUGACUAGUGCCAUCAGCUCGUCUGCCGGCGUUGCGGUGCCUUUGAUCUUGGUUGUGCUGGGGGCCAACCUGGCGCGAAACACACAGAACCAGGAGGGCACAGACGCUGAGGAAAAGGAGAUUGGCGCAAGGCUUCUCGUGGCCUCUCUGAUCUGCCGCAUGCUUCUGCCAACGUUGAUCAUGGCGCCAAUCCUGGCCGUGUUCGCUAAGUAUGUUCCCGUUAGCAUCCUAGACGACCCGAUUUUCGUCAUCGUUUGCUUCCUACUCACUGGCGCGCCGAGCGCCCUGCAACUUGCCCAGAUCUGCCAGAUCAACAACGUGUAUGAGGUUGUGAUGGGAAAGAUUCUUUUCCAGAGCUACGUUAUUUGGAUUUUGCCAUCAACAUUAAUCCUUGUUGUGUGCGCCUUGGAAGUCGUUGAAUGGGCCAAGUAA